AUCUAAAAAAAAAAAUCCCCUCAAUUAGUCAAAACUCAAAAAUACAUCUCUCUCUCUCUCUCUCUUCAAAUUUCGGUUUCUUUCUUUGGGAACUUUGAUCUGAGGACAUUACAUAAUGUCAGGGAUGGAGGGUGUCAAAGAGCAAGAGCAAGUGGAUGAAAAUGUCCCCGAGGAUAAAAGUUCCGUGCAAUCAUCUCAAGAGGAGGAAGAAGUUGUCAAGAAAAAAUAUGGAGGAAUCAUGCCCAAGAAACCACCACUUAUUUCUAAGGACCAUGAACGAGCUUACUUUGAUUCUGCCGAUUGGGCACUUGGAAAGCAAGGUGUUGAGAAACCUAAAGGUCCUCUUGAAGCUUUACGGCCAAAAUUACAGCCUACACAACAGCAGACACGAUACCGAAAGUCUCCUUAUGCCCCAUCAGAUGGUGAAGAUACAGGAAGCUCGCCAUCAGAGGAUGCACCUGCAAAUGAAUGAGCAAUUACUAUUGGCCUUUUGAUCUAGCAAGGAAUUCUGAUUGUUAUUCACCUAAUUAGGCAAUGGGUAAUUUUCUGUUGUUUCAGAGAAAUAAAGUUUGUAGUUUGCCGAAAAGAACAAAAUGACACAUUUCAUGAGUUGAGUGUACGAUUUGUGUAAUGGUAGUUCGCAUUACAUGAUUCAAACAA